AUGAUAUCUGAUGAUAUGUGCUCUUCUCCAAAGUGUCAUCCAAAGUGCAAGUUCACAAAGGAGGAUGAUAUGAGGCUUUGCUCCAUUAUAUCUCAAUGCUCUGAGUUAAAUUGGAAACUUAUAUCUGAAAAAAUGGGUGAUAGAAAUCCACGCCAAUGUAAGGAAAGAUGGGAAAACUACUUAAAUCCAAAUAUUAACAGAAGUCCAUUUUCUGUCGCAGAAGAUAUUCUUCUUCUUGAAAAAUAUCAAGAAUUUGGUGCUAAAUGGGUUGUUAUUUCCAAAUACUUCAAUAAUAGAUCUGAUAUCAGUAUAAAAUCCAGAUAUAUGGUUUUGAAAAGAAGAGGAGUAACACUUGAAUUUCUUAGAACUCAUAAUGUUAGCUUUUUAGCUACAGGAACAAGCAAAAAGGCAAAAUUGUCACCACAGUCCAGUCCAAUUUAUGUCCAGACACCUCCAAUAACUAAUUAUGAAAUGGCCUAUCAACAACAAAUCAAUACAGCUCCAUCCCCAGCACCAAUGGAGUACCCUUCAGCUACAGUAUUUGAGGACAACUCAAACUCUAAAGUUGAUGACUUAAUCGACUGGUCCGUCGCUUCCGAUAUUUUCGAGUCAUUCGAACUUGCUUUUUAG